UAAUUCCAAAUUAAUUAUUUAGGCAGCAAGGUCCAAUGAAUUGAGAUUCAGUAUAACCUCGGCGUACGGAAGUCAGAACUCGGUUCAUCCAGUGCCACUCCGACUACGCGAACGCUAACAGUACGACGACGCGAAGUGAGUCGUGACGAUACCGCAAUUCCGCCGAUCGUACGUGAAACCGCGGUUGAAUGAGAGAUGGCCGUAAACGUGGACAGGACGAUUGAGGACAUGACCGCAGCAGGAUCGUUCGGGCAGGACAGCAGGAUCGUGUCGUUCAAACCGGAAGGGCUGCACACGGAACAAGACAAUUUCGCAUCUUGCGUAGUGUAUGGCGUGGCCAUCGUCGACGACCACGAUGGUCGACGUCGUAGCCAUCGGAUCGUGUUCAAGUACAAGCACGCGGAGUUCGAAUUGCGUGAAUUAUGUAACAACGAUAAUCAGUUCCAUAACGAGAUGCUGUUCUACGAACGGAUUGCCCCGUUCCUGUUAGCCCACGGUUCUCGUCGGCACGACAGCGGGACCGAUGAUACAAUGCUCUGUCGCUACAUUUACGGGCGCAACAAUUGCGGCGAUGAAUGGCACCGACGUGAUCGUCUUGAAAACGCAACCGUUAACGGAUACCGGAAGUCGGUGAUCGGACACAAGUUGAGUUUGGAUUUCGAUCACUUGAACGUGGCACUCAGGAAGUUGGCAAAGCGCACAAAAGGUACGAUUCGAAUUCAUUACAGCGUAAAUUAUCUAAUAUAAUAUCUUUAAUGCUGAUAUUCGUUUUCAGUACUUUAGUACUACGAAUGAAACUAUGAAAAUGGUUGAUUGUUCGUAAAUGCGUCCUGUUCGUUCAUACAGUUUAUCAGUAAUGUAAAACAAAAUAAUAAAGAUUAUUGGAAACACUAAAUAUUAUAAUGCAUUUGGUGUU